AUGGAAUGGAGAAAUGAAACACAUGUUUCAGAUUUUCUUCUCAUGAAAGUGACAGAGGAUCCAGAACUGCGGUCCCUCCUUUUCAGCCUGUUCCUGCUCAUGUACCUGGUCACUGUCCUGGGAAAUCUGCUUAUCAUUCUGGCUGUUAGCUCUGACUCCCACCUCCACACGCCCAUGUACUUCUUUCUUUCCAAUCUGUCUAUUAAUGACAUCUGUUUAAGCACAACCACCAUCCCAAAGAUGCUUGUGAACAUCCACACACAGAAUCAGAGCAUCCCUUAUGCAGGCUGCCUUACACAGAUCUACUUUGUCCUGAUGUUCGCUAGUUUGGAGAGUUGUCUUCUUGCAGCAAUGGCCUAUGAUCGCUAUGUGGCCAUUUGUCAUCCCUUAAGGUACACGGUCAUCAUGAACUCCCAUCUGUGUGGUCUGCUGAUUCUACUUCCUUUGUUAAUUAUUAUUGUGGAUGCCCUGCUCCACAGUCUGAUGGUGCUGCAGCUGACCUUCUGCACAGACCUGCAAAUCCCCCUUUUCUUCUGCGAAGUUGUUCAGGUCAUCAAGCUGGCCUGUUCGGAUGCCCUCAUCAAUAACAUCCUGAUAUAUGUAGCAACUAGCGUAUUUGGUGGUAUUCCUGUGUGUGGAAUCAUCUUCUCUUAUGUUCAAAUAGUCUCCUCUGUUUUGAGAAUGCCAUCCGUGGGUGGAAAGUACAAAGCUUUUUCCACCUGUGGGUCUCACCUCUCAGUUGUGUCCUUAUUCUAUGGGACAGGCUUGGGGGUGUACAUUAGUUCUGCUCUGACUAACUCUUCCAGGAAGACUGCAGUAGUUUCCAUGAUGUACACAGUUGCCCCUCAAAUGAUGAAUCCCUUCAUCUAUAGUCUGAGGAACAGGGACAUGAAAGGAGCCUUGGGAAAACUCUCCAGUAAGAUACCACUGUUUUUUUAG